AUGUCUUUUCGACGGAGGGUUGUUCCAUCUGCUGUGAACUCGCCGGUGGUUUCAAAAGUGUACAACACCGAGUAUUUGGGCCACGAGGAAACGCAGGGGUUUUUGGACGAGUUUAUUGGCCAAUGUGACGAGCUGGAGACCGCUGCGCUUGAUAAAAAGUACCACGGGCCCGAUUCCACCACGGUGAGUCAACUGAAACGGCUGCAAAGAGAGCUCAGGGGUCUGCCGCCGCUGCUGAUCGAGGGCCAGACAAAAGAAAAGCCCGACGCUGCGAAAAAGACCGUUUUCGAUCAACCAGACCAGUCUAUCACACCCAAGAAAAUCGUGUUUGAUGACGAGUCUGGGUCCGCCAAAAAACCGAAAAAGAUCGUCUUUGACUAA